CCCAGUGACUGUGCACUAAGAAAUAAGUCCAUACAUUCAGAUAGUUGGAAAUAAACCUGCUUAAUGUUUAUUUCCAACAGGUAAAAACUGAAAAAUGACAGCCCAAAGGAAGGGUGGAAAUCGCUCUUCUGAAGUAAUAGAUUCUAUGUAGAAACCUGUUAAAUAGAUUUGGUGAGCCACUGAAUUUUUGAAGUUAAAGCAAAAAUUCUUCCUGUGAGCCAAACGUGGGGUCUCAUGCCAAUUCUAUUCUGGAAUAUCUUAUGUGUGGCCCUGAGACGGGCCUAAGUGUUACUUGUGGAGUUAAUCAUUACCCCAGCAGUUGUCUAAAUUGCUUGGUUCGACAGCACAUAUACUGAAUUGCUUGGUUCCACUGGGCUGCACACACAGGAGUCUCCAGAGAGCAGCAUGUUCCCUUUGCUCUUUGGGGCUGGACUGGUGGUUCUGAACCUAGUGAGCUCUGCUAGGAGCCAGAAGACAGAACCCCUUAGUAGCAAUGGGGACCAGCCCCUCUUCCGUGGAGCAGAUCGACACGACUUUGCCAUUGUGAUCCCUCCAGGAAGCACAGAAUGCUUCUGGCAAUUUGCCCACCAGACUGGCUACUUCUAUUUCAGUUAUGAGGUUCAGCGGACACUAGGAAUGUCACAUGACCGGCAUGUUGCUGCCACUGCACAUACCCCACAGGGUUUCCUUAUACAGACCUCUAAGAAUGUUCGGGGCCAGAUUAACUUCUCUACCCACGAGACAGGUUUUUAUCAGCUUUGUCUAGCAAACCAGCAAAACCGCUUUGGUUCCGUGCAAGUAUACCUCAAUUUUGGAGUCUUCUAUGAGGGGCCUGAGAUGGACCACAAGGAGAAUGAAAGAAAACAACUGAAUGAUACUCUGGAUGCAAUUGAGGAGAGCACACGAAAGGUGCAUUACAAUAUCUUUCACAUGUGGCGACACUACAACUUUGCUCGCAUGAGAAAAACAGCUGACUUUUUCCUUCUCCAAUCAAACUAUAACUAUGUGAAUUGGUGGUCAACAGCCCAGAGCCUUGUCAUUGUUCUUUCUGGGAUCCUGCAGCUGUAUUUCUUGAAGCGUCUCUUCAAUAUCCCAAUGACGACAGAAACACAAAAGCCAAGAUGCUAAGCUCAAAUGACUACAGUGCCCUAGCUCUUUCCUUCUGGGACACAAGCUUUGUCAAAUCUUUAAAAAGUUGUUGGGAAAAAGAUCAAUUUUAGAAAGUUGUACUCCAUGGCUCUCAUCUACACAGGCAAAACAGCAAUAAAAUAAUAAAAUGUA